AUGGUGAAGGAUCAUCUAAUGCUGAAUGUUGAUCGCCUAAUGGUGCCUGAACCCAUUGAGAUCACUGGAGCACCCAAGAGCUCCUCAUCGAGGGACACCACUGCACUGCCCAUUACAGGGCAUUCCUUUUUUGCAGUUGGAGACAGCAUGGUUCCUGAAGAAGAACCUCUUCUGCAGAUUACGGAGUGCCGUAUUUGUCAGGAGGAAGAUGACAUUAAGAACCUGGAGAGCCCCUGUGCUUGCACCGGCAGUGUAAAGUAUGCGCAUAGGGCUUGUGUACAAAGAUGGUGCAAUGAGAAAGGAGAUGUCACAUGUGAAAUCUGCCAUGAGCCGUAUGAACAUGGGUACACUGCACCUCCCAGACCCCAUCCUGACGAAACUACCAUCGAUAUAAGUGGUGGCUGGACCAUUACUGGUACAGCAUUUGACUUGCGUGAUCCUAGGAUCCUGGCAGUAGCACAAAACCACAUUAUGGAAGCUGAAUAUGAUGAUUAUUCAGCCACGAAUGCCAGCACUGCUGCCUUUUGCCGAUCUGCUGCUCUUGUCUUAAUGGCUCUCCUACUACUGAGGCAUGCAUUGACUCUAACUGAUGAAGACGAUGAUGACACUUCAGCAAUGUUUUCACUUUUCUUACUGCGUGCGGCUGGUUUUCUUCUCCCAUUCUAUAUAAUGGCUUGGGCAAUUAGUAUAUUGCAGCGUCGCAGACAUCGACAGGAGGCAGCUGCGUUGGCAGCAACUGAGGUGGCAUUCAUCCUUCAGUCUGGGCAAGGAAGAGGAGUGCAUUUCACCAUAGCACCAGAUUCUCCUUGCGCGAAUCACCAAAGGAGUUAUGGUCUGCUGCCACUGCAGAGCCAUGUUAUUUACGUACUUUACGUCAUUGCCCUGAGUGUAACGUUCUGA